AUGAAGGAGGUCAAACUAAAAAUAAAACUGAAAGAACUACUCAAGGCAUGCGAGUCUAUUAAACUCGCAGGCAAGCUUCUGAAAUACCACACUCCAAAAGACUAUAUAGACAUAGUAGACUGCAUAUUUAAAGAUGUUAUAGAGAUAGAAAGCGGUGCGAAUAGGGAGGAAGAGAAAGCCAUCCAGGAUAUACUCAAGAAUAGAGUCCGAGAAUACUUUACAUAUGUUCUGUAUGGAAAGAAUGACAUGAAGGAUUUAUAUAGAGCAUUGAGAGAUGAGGAACAAGAAGAACUUAGGAAAGCAUUUAUCCAUAUAGCUAACCAGCUCAUAAGGCCAAAUAAACUCAUAUAUAAUCCAAAGGAUGGAAUACAUAGACAGGUUGAUGAGAAUGAACCCAUGGAAGACAUAGACUCAGACGACGCCUCCUCCGACCUAAGCCCGAGAACGUGCACUCUAGAGGUUGACUAUGCAGACUUUGUAAGCUUAGAAAGUAUGCAGCAUCUUGCCGAAGAGAGCAUGAAUAGAGAGUUUUUCUAUAAUGCUGCAAAUUUAUUCUACUCAAAGAAAAAUGACAUGAAUAUUUUGAAAGCAUACUUGCCAGAGGAAGAAGAGCGCUUUACUCUCGAUAAUCUGUACACUAUAUACAACAAUGGAGUAGCACUGGUUGAUGACGGGCUGAAUCUUGUUUAUUCAAAAUUCUACGAAAUUGAAGAGCUGGUUAAGAAGAUCAAAAUAAUGGAAGCUCGUAGUAGUGAUGAGUCAGAGAUAGUUAGAGAGAUCAGAAUGGUGCUUCGUCUAGAAGAGCUGCGGAUAGCUAUUUCUGUCAUCGAGAAUAUCGAACAAAUUAUGUACGAAAAGGCAAUGCAAAAGGGCAUGAUUGAUGCGAUAGAAUACAUAGCAAGUAGCACGCCACUCCUGAAAGAAAAAGACGGCUCAAACACACUGAAGAUAGAUGAUGAUCUGAGUGGCUUUGAAGCAGACUACAUAACUAGAAAAAAAGGAUUGAAGAACAUAGUGAACAAAAGGGCAGAUGAAUUGAAUGAAAAAAUAAUCUCAAGAACUCAAGAUUUAAACAGAGAGAAAGCAAAGCUUGAUCAAGCAAAGACGGAAGGAAAAAACAAAGAAGAGAUCGAUGAGCUAGAACGCUUGGUUAACGAGCUGGACCACGAAAUAUAUUCAUUAAACUGCGAGAACAAAAAGGUGUAUCUGCAAAUUUUAAAUAUUAUUUCCAAUCUACGCCAUCAUUCUUGCAUCAGCCCGUUCCAAAAAGGGUAUAUAAUCCGAGAGAUAGGGCAGACUAUGGAAAAGAGAAAAGUAAAAGUGGUGCUGAAGCCCUUAUUGAACAGAAAGAUAACUGAAAAGGAAAAAUUUAGGAUAUACUCAGCUGUUAUUAGACUAAAAGACCCCGUAAUAACCACAAAACAGAAAGUUAUACUAGCCAUGGCUUUUGUUGUUUUCCUAGUGGCAGCAUCACUACUUAGCAUUUAUCUAUGGAACACACUAAAAACCAUUAGUGUUAUCUAG